AUGGCCAAGAGUGGUUCUGUUUCGGCGUCGGAUGCCAUCGUUGUCGAGGACAAGACGUUCACUUUGAAUGGCGACAAUGUCUCCUAUCGCUUCCAUGUCGAUAAUACCACGGGGGAUCUGUUGUCCGACCAUUUCGGCGGCAGCAUCUCCGGUGCAAUUCCCACGGACCCAGAACCAGAGGUCAAUGGCUGGGUCGGCAUGAUCGGCCGUGUCCGACGUGAGUUCCCAGACCAAGGGCGAGGAGACUUCCGUGCCCCUGCUAUCCAUAUCCGACAGUCGGCUGGCUAUGCUGUGAGCGAGCUGCAGUACCAGUCCCAUUCGGUGAUCCAGGGAAAACCGGAAUUACCAGGACUACCCGCUACAUUUGGCGGUGAGGACGAUGUUACUACGCUGGUGGUUCACUUGUACGAUAACUAUAGCUCUGUCGCGGCCGACUUGUCGUACUCGAUCUUUCCCAAGUACGAUGCCAUUGUGCGUAGUGCGAAUGUCACGAACAAGGGAAAGGGCGAUAUUACGAUCGAGGCACUGGCUAGUCUGAGUGUUGAUCUGCCCCUCGAGGACCUGGAUAUGAUCGGUCUUCGAGGCGAUUGGGCCAGAGAGGCUCGUCGCGAGAGACGGAGGGUUGAGUAUGGCAGUCAGGGAUUCGGAAGUACAACGGGAUUUUCGUCUCACCUGCACAACCCGUUCCUUGCACUGGUCCACCCGUCAACUACUGAAUCCCAAGGCGAAGCAUGGGGUUUCUCCCUUGUCUACACGGGUUCCUUCGCCGUGGAUGUCGAGAAAGGCUCGCAGGGGCUCACUCGUGCUCUUCUCGGCUUCAACCGCAACCAGCUAUCAUGGUCCCUCGGACCCGGAGAGUCUCUAACCUCCCCCGAGUGCGUAUCCGUGUACUCCAACAAUGGUAUCGGCGGCAUGUCUCGUUCCUUGCACCGACUUUACCGGAACCAUCUCAUCAAAAGCCAAUUCGCAACUUCGAACCGCCCCGUGCUGCUCAACAGCUGGGAAGGAGUCUACUUCGACUACAACCAGACCAGCAUGUACACGCUGGCCGAGAAGUCCGCCGCCCUUGGCACCAAACUGUUCGUCAUGGAUGACGGUUGGUUUGGCAAAGAAUAUCCUCGAGUCUCCGACAACGCAGGUUUGGGCGACUGGACCCCCAAUCCAGACCGGUUUCCCAAGGGGCUCGAUCCCCUCGUCUCGAACGUCACCGAGCUCAAAGCUGGGAAUACGUCUACCAACCUGCGGUUCGGCAUCUGGAUCGAACCCGAGAUGGUGAACCCCAACUCAACCCUCUACAAAAAGCACCCAGACUGGGUCAUGCACGCUGGGCCUUACCCCCGCACCGAGCGUCGCCAGCAGUUACUCCUAAACCUGGCCCUCCCCGAAGUCCAGAACUUCGUCAUCGACACGGUCUCCGACAUCCUCAACAGCGCUGACAUAACCUACGUCAAAUGGGACCAUAACCGCGGCAUGCACGAGUCUGCCUCUCCCUCCGCCAACCACGCCUAUAUGCUCGGCAUCUACCACGUCUUCGACGUCCUGACCACCCGCUUCCCCAACGUGCUUUGGGAGGGUUGCGCCUCGGGCGGCGGCCGCUUCGACCCUGGUGUCUUGCAAUACUUCCCCCAGAUCUGGACGUCGGAUGACACGGACGCUGUGGAGCGGAUCUCCAUCCAGCUGGGCACGUCACUCGCGUAUCCGCCUAGCGCCAUGGGCGCACAUAUCUCCGCCGUCCCGAACCACCAGACAGGACGGUCGAUCCCCGUCGUGUUCCGUGCUCAUGUGGCCAUGAUGGGCGGAUCGUUUGGGUUGGAACUGAACCCUGAAGAAUUGACGGAGGACGAGAGUGCCGCUGUCCCUGGACUAAUCAAGCAAGCGGAGGAGAUCGCGCCGAUCAUCCUGAAGGGCGACAUGUUUCGGUUGAAGUUGCCGGAAGAGUCGAAUUGGCCGGCGGUGCUGUUUGUGAGCGAGGAGGGCGAUAAGGCGGUCAUGUUUGCGUUCCAGAUUAAUCCAACCGUUAACCAUGCAUUCCCGAGGAUUAGACUGCAGGGGUUGGAUGAGCAGGCUACGUAUAAGGUUGAAGGGGAGGGUGAGUUUAGUGGUAAGACCUUGAUGAAUAUGGGGUUGUUGGUUGCGUUUGAGGGAGAUUAUAGUAGCAAGGUUUUGAGCUUGGAGAGGGUUUAA